AUGCCCGACGAACCGGAGAACAUGCGGGGUACCCGCGACUCUGCCCGCCACCCCGAGCAAGACGCUCCGGCCACGAACACAAACACGAGCGCACCGGGAAAAGUCGCCUCGACAAGUGACAAUGGAACGCCGUCGCUAGCGAAUCGCGUCCAAAGCUCCGCUGCUGGCCUAGCCCGGAGUGCGUUCCAGGGCACAGACUCGUCGGACACGGCGCGGACGCUGGCCGGCGCGACGGGCGGGAAAGCAGCCGGACCAUCUACACUCGGAUCGGGGGCUAGCAACCUUGCGAGCCAUGAUAUCGCAGCGUCGCGUGGGCUAGGCACAGGAGCAGCGUACGCAGGGCCCGGCGCGGCGGACUCCUUCCGGAGCGAGACGGCCAGCUCCGCGCCAGGUGGGUUCGAGCUUCCAGCCUUGUCGGAGGAAGACUUCCUCCGAUCGGGUGCAUAUACAGACGAGCAUAGCCUACAACUGGGCAGCGAACACAGGAAUGCGCACAGCAAUACGAGUCUAGGAGACUUACAAGGCGAAACGGGAAAUUGGAAGGGCAAGCAGCGCGCACACGACCCGGUGCAACGGAACUACACUAGCGCCUGGGAGCGCGCGGACAACUCAGGGUCUCAGGCGCAUACGUACGAGGCACAACCUAGCGACGGCGCUGCUGUCGUCUCGCUGCUCGCGGAUACGUCGUUUGACCCGGGUUCCGGGGGCAACGAGGAGCUGGAUCUUGACCCGGCUGCGGCACCACCGCCGCUUACGGCGUCAGAGAUUAAGAUGCUGGACUCGUUUAGGCGCCAAAUUGACGCGAGUUCAGAUGGGCACACCCAGCACCAACAACCGAGGCUAUCGAGUCUAAGCCUAGUCCCCGAUAUAGACACCUUCCUCCAGCAGAACGACCCUUCCGCGUUUACCCCCGGCACAGAUACGAGAGCUAACUCGGCCACAACCCUCCGCGACACCGUCCUUGACAACCUUCCCGGCGCAGGGGAUUGGGUCACUGUGCAUGAGCGGUACCACGAUGAAGUCUGGGGGUACCUGCGCCCCGCGCUGGAAGCAGCUAAGGCCGAAAUGGAGGAGAAGGGGCCUGAAGUACAAAAUGGAGAGGAGAAUGAUGGACCAGCUGUGAGGCGAUUGAAGAUGAUAUUGAAGCAUAUGCGGGCGUAA